AUGACUUCAAAAAUUAAUAAUAGAUUAUCUCAAGAAUUUAAGAAUGAUUUUUUAAAUUUACUUGAAAACGAUGAUGAACAUGAUGUGAUUAUUAAAGCGGGUGAAGAACCAAACACGAAAAAAUUUAAGGCUCACUAUUAUAUCUUAAAGUUAAGAUCACCAUAUUUUCGUCAAGCAUUAUCAAGUAGAUGGGCGAUUAAAGAAGAUGGGAAAUCUGUUUUUACGAAACCUAAUAUUACGCCAGAAACAUUCAAUAUCAUUCUCAAUUACAUUUAUUCAUCAGAUAUUGAUGUAGAGAAGUUUAAUGAAGCUCAAAUUGUGGAUGUUUUAGGAGCAGCGGAUGAAUUAUGCCUUAGUGUUUUAGUUGAAGUGUUACAAGAAGAAUUAUUAGAUAGAAAGCAUAUAUGGAUGAACAAACAAUCGCCCGGUAUUAAAGGAAAAUCAUUAUAUCUUAUAACAAAAGAAUACACGCGUGGACAUGCAAGAAUUCAAUCUGUUCUCAUUAAGCCUCAUCAUGCGGCAAAGAUCGCAAGUUGGAUUGAUAGAUUGGAUUCCUCAGAUAAUCAAAUCCCAUAUUACACACCAUCAAAUAUACCAUAUUAUUUUAAACUCGUUGCUCGUGGAAGUCGUGAUCAACCAUUCCUUCAACAAACUUUAAAUGAUAAUCGGGCCGUUGUAUUAAUUAAACCUGCCAAUUCCAAUGAAAUACUUGGUGGUUAUAAUCCUUUAACUUGGAGUAAAAAAUCUAUCUCUUCAAAUUCAAAUAAAGAUCAGCAAAGUAAUAAAGAUGAUAUUCCUCUUAAAAAUAGUUUUAUUUUUAAUUUGAGAAAAGAUCCUGAUGAUAAGGAAGAUAUUUUAAGUAGAGUCAUUAAUCCAAUAGAUUCUAUUUAUUGUAAUGUUUAUUGCUCCCCUGUAUUUGGUAAGGGUGAUUUAUUCCCCAAAGGUCAUUUUGAAAUUGGUCAGCCUUGUGGCUGUAAACAGACUAGCUAUGAAAAAAGUUUACGUGCGAGUACCGAUCAAUUUCCUAUUGAAGAAUUUGAAGUUUUUCAGAUUAUUAAAAAGACAGUACUUUGA